CUGCCCUUUUCUUUCCCCCGUGCCCGCCUGCCAAGGAAAGGCACAUGUUAAUACCACCCGGCGCGGGCAUUUUCUGCUACUGCUGCUGCGGGCUCCUCCGUCCGAGACAGAUGUUGCGAAACCAAGGCCUCCUCAAGUGCCGCUGCCGCAUGCUCUUCAAUGACCUGAAGGUCUUCCUGCUGCGGAGACCCCCCGCGCCGCCGCCGCCCUCCCCGCCGCCGCCGCUCCCACAUCCCGGCGGCGCAGAGGCGGCGGCGGGGGCCGCACCGCCCGGGGGGCGCGGGCCCGGCUGGCGGGCGGCGGGCGGCGGCGGCGGCGGCGCGGGCAGCCCGGCCGCCGAGGAGUGGGGCAGCCCCGCCGGGGAGCCGCCCGCCUCCCUGCCCAGCAGCACCUCCUCGGAUGACUUCGGCAAGGGCAAGGCCGAGGACCGCUACUCGCUGGGCAGCAGCGUCGACAGCGGCAUCCGCACCCCGCUCUGCAGGAUCUGCUUCCAGGGGCCCGAGCAGGGGGAGUUGCUGAGCCCGUGUCGAUGUGAUGGAUCUGUGAAGUGCACGCACCAGCCAUGUCUGAUCAAAUGGAUUAGCGAGAGAGGCUGCUGGAGCUGUGAGCUGUGUUACUACAAGUAUCACGUCAUUGCCAUAAGCACAAAGAACCCUCUGCAGUGGCAGGCCAUCUCUCUGACAGUCAUUGAGAAGGUUCAGAUAGCAGCAGCCAUCCUGGGUUCCCUCUUCCUCAUCGCCAGUAUCUCGUGGCUCAUCUGGUCGACCUUCAGUCCCUCAGCCAAGUGGCAGCGCCAGGACCUGCUCUUCCAGAUCUGCUAUGGAAUGUACGGCUUCAUGGACAUUGUCUGUAUAGGUCUAAUAAUACACGAAGGGCCCUCGGUUUACCGGAUUUUUAAACGGUGGCAGGCGGUCAAUCAGCAGUGGAAAGUGCUGAACUAUGACAAAACAAAGGACAUGGAGGAGCAAAAAACAGGGACCAGGACAAAUCAGCGCCCCUCCUCCCAAACCACCCACUCAUCCUCCACUGGUGGUACAGCCACUAACUCCGCUCCAGCCGACAGCGGGGCACGGGCUGCCGGCCAUGCCACAGGCACCCUCUCUGACCACCACUGUGCUUAUACCAUCCUGCAUAUACUCAGCCACCUGAGGCCUCACGAACAGAGGAGUCAGUCUAGUAGUAACAGAGAGCUCGUCAUGAGGGUCACGACGGUCUGAGCCGAGGAAUUCAGGAGGCCUUAACACGAAGCGGAGGAGACAAAGAACUCAUAAAGCAGAGGAGCAUGGUGUGCCUUUUUCUUUCUCUUUCCUUUUCUUUUUUCUUUUUUUUUUUUUCCUUCUCUCCUUUUCUUUUUUCAGUAACUGCACAAGAUAUAAGAGGCGGCACCUGGCCAGCUAAGG